AAUAUGGUUUUAGAUGUGUUGGUAUGUUAUUGACCUCAGCAAAACAAAAGUGCCGUUCGAUUUAUUUUUGGAUAACUUUGUGGAUUAGGAAGCGAACGUUUCAUAAUUCUUAUGGUUGAGAAAUUCGAAAAUAUGAGUGAAAAACAAGUGAAAAAGGAAAAUUUCCUAAAAAAGUAUUCAUUUCUAUCCGAGACGAGUCAUAAUCGUUUCAUUGGCUGUUAUGAUAGUAAGUUUACAGUUCGCCUAGUGUUACCUAACUUUCCGGAUACGGAAGGAUCAAGCGUUUGUGCUUUUCAUGGCAUAAUACCAUUGGAUGUACAAAGCAUGCUCAAAACGGGGGAUUCCACUGAAAUGUUAGAUAACAUGCUACAGUAUUUGGACAAAUAUCAGGAAACAUCUACGGAACGUGUCGAUCUGAACGUAGACUCAGUACUAAAGAUAUUCAAACAGUUGGAAACCGUGAAACACGAUCAUGGCUGUAAAAUCUUUUCGAAUUCAGAUGUAUCGAAAAUCAAACUGUCCGGUUUCAAGGCGAUCGACGCCAAUUUCCUUGAAAUGGAGCGAAUUUCAGAUGGAGAUUUCCAAGUAACGUCCCAUAGCCUACCCGAUCUUGGAUCCUCAAUCGAGCUGUUUAAAUGGCACGCAUCUCCGGAGGCGCACGCUGCCGCGUUUGUCCAGAUACUCGAUCAGCUAGACGAGUUCUACAGCAAUCUCCACACGCUGGACGAACUGUGCCACGUGGUUGAACCAGUCGACAUAGACACGCGAACCACGUGGCGCAUUAUCAAGUUCAACCAGAAGGUGUUCCUGAAGAUCACGCUUCAUCCCCUGCAGCCGGCUUCGGUUGUGGUUGCCUUUCUUGGACCCACCGCAGAGAUCGAGUACCUUCGGGAGUUGUAUAAUACGAAACUGGAGGACUGGGACCCGGAGAGCGAUGUUUACACCAACCUGCUGAGGAUUUUCGAAAUAAUGGCGUUCCCGAUGCGUAUCGAGCCGGGCGGUUUAGACGAUGAAGGUAGCCAGUGCGGAAUUUGUAUGUCCUAUCGAGACGACCGGAACAAGAUUCCCAUCAUAUCGUGCGACAAUGAAAAGUGUUCGCUGAUCUUUCAUAUUGGUUGUUUGAAGGAGUGGUUUAUGUCGCUGAAGGACAGCAGAACGUUCUUUGCCAUAUCCGUGGGCACGUGUCCCUAUUGUAAGCAAAAAGUGUCGUCCAGCUUCGAUGAACUUUUGAACAAUUUGGAGCUCAAUAGAACUAAUCCUACGUGAAAAGUGGAGGAAACUGAA